GUCACUCUAAUAACUUCGCGCACUGUCAUCUUCUACCUUAAUCUACCGUGUCGUUUACAAAAUUCAAUUGAAAUUGUUCUAGUUGCCUGAACUCCACCAUAAGAAACGUAAUCAACGAUUUGACUCCCAGACUACCGAAUAUGGCUUCAGAGCUCGAGGCGCCGGCCAAACAGGUUCCGCCCGCCGUGGACCCUGAUGCAGCAGCUCCUGCGCCGUCGAAGCAGACCGUCGAUCCCUGGAAUGUGUCUGGUGAGGUUGGCGAAGAUGGAAAGCUCAAGGCGAUCGACUACAAGAAAUUAGUGGAGGAGUUCGGCACUAAGUUGAUCGACAACGAGAUGUUAGAACGAUUCGAGCGAGUCACCGGCCAUAAACCGCACCGAUUCUUACGGCGACAGAUCGUCUUCAGCGAGAGAGAUCUUGGAUUAAUACUGGACCGAUAUGAGAAGGGAGAACCUUUCUUCUUGUAUACUGGCCGUGGUCCUAGUAGCGAUAGCAUGCACAUUGGACAUACUCAGAUCUUCGAUUUUUGCAAGUGGUUGCAAGAUGUCUUCGAUGUACCCCUAGUCAUCAUGCUUACAGAUGACGAAAAGUUUCUUUUCUCCGAGAAGAGAACUGUUGAAGAAGUCAUAGGAUACGCGCGAACCAACUGCCAAGAUAUCAUCGCCAUAGGCUUUGAUCCUGAGAAAACGUUUAUCUUCUCUGACUACGAAUUUAUGGGUGGAGCUUUCUACAGAAACGUCACUCGAUUCGCCAAACUUGUUACAUACAACACAGCCAAGGCUACCUUCGGCUUUGAUGAAAGCUCGAACAUUGGCAAGAUUCAUUUCACUAGUAUACAGGGCGCCACCGCAUUUGCAACUACUUUCCCACACAUUUUCGGCGAAGAUGAAAAGAAGACCGCGAGUAUCCCAUGUCUGAUCCCUUGCGCUAUCGACCAAGAUCCCUACUUCCGUUUGACUAGAGAUUGUGCUGCCAAGUUAAAAUAUGCCAAGCCUUCCUUAAUUCACUCCCGUUUCCUUGACGCACUUCAAGGUCCUGGAUCCAAGAUGUCUGCUAGCAUUGAUUCUUCAGCAAUCUUUAUGAAAGAUACCCCCAAGCAAAUCAAAGACAAAAUCAACAAAUACGCUUUCUCCGGUGGCCAAGUGAGUGCAGAGGAGCAAAGAGAGAAAGGUGGAAACCCCGACAUAGAUGUGUCGUAUCAGUAUCUCCACUUUUUCAUGGAAGAUGAUGAGGAGCUUGCGAAAGUUGGGCAAGACUACAGAGAAGGUAAACUACUGACUGGAGAGCUGAAAGCAAUAUGUAUCAAGUAUCUCCAGGAUUACGUCGCCGCGUUCCAAGAACGAAGAGCAAAGGCAACGGAGGAGACAGUGAAGAAUUUCAUGUCAGUGCGGCCGUUAAAAUGGGGAGGAAAUCCCAAGGCACCAAGAGUAGUUCCUGUUGUGGAGGAUGGGUCAGCUAAGCCAGAAGGUGAAGGAGGAGAAACAAAGUUGACGAAGAAUCAGCUCAAGAAAUUAGAAAAGGAGAAACAGAUAGCAGCGAAGAAAGCCGCAAAAGCCGCAGAGAAAGAGGCGGCUAAGGCAACUUCGUGAUUAUAAAGAUAAGAUGUCAACGAUGAGAAGUAGCAUAUUGCGCGUCCCAAUCUUCUGGCUCUGGUGGUUAUGCGAGGAAGUUAAUGUGUCUUGAUACCAGCAUCGGUACCUAAAUAAAGCAGUCUCCAAUAGCCUAGCUUCUACCUAAAUAACUUCAAAGGGUCCUUCCGGUAACAGGACUGAAUCUCUUAUGAGUCAAC